AUGGCCAAGAGAACAGUCAAAACUCGAUUCCUCGUCAUAUCCGACACACACGGAAGCGAAGACUUCAGGACACCCUUAGAUCCCGCCGACGUAGCUAUCCAUUGCGGCGAUCUCACACAAGAAUCUAAACUCGAUGAAUUUCAAGAAACGCUUCGCUUUCUUAAACAACUGGAUGCUUCGCUAAAGCUUGUCAUUGCGGGCAACCAUGAUUUUACCCUCGAUACGCCUGUCUUCGAGAGGAAGAUCGCUGAGGCUGGGCCGCUUGAACAAACUCUGGUGGACCAGGAAUAUGGAGUUUUUGGACAGGCGAGAAGAUUACUUGAUGAUGCUGCGGAUGAUGGUAUUGUUUUUCUGGACGAGGGUGUUCAUCAUUUUGAUCUGGCGAAUGGCGCACAUUUGACAGUAUUCGCGAGUCCUUAUACACCAUCUACAAACGAUUCGGCUUUUCAAUAUCACCCCUACCUCAACGAUUACUGGGACAUUGAUCCCCUAGCUGACAUCGUCAUCACCCAUGGACCCCCACAAGGCAUCCUCGACAUGUCAUUCUCCAACGAGCGUCUUGGCUGUCCAGGUCUCUUCCAGGAAAUCGCCCGCCGCAAACCCCUGAUGCACUGCUUCGGCCACGUCCAUGAAGCCUGGGGCGCAAAGCUGGUGCAAUGGCGACGCGCGACGCCUGACUUUCCGUCGCAUUUUACCGCCAUCGAGAACCAGUGCUCUUAUGUCAUAGACUCGUUGGAUAGACUUGGACAAUCGAGGUUUGAUUCAGUGGCGACGAUUGAGGAGAAGGAAGAGAGAAAGAGGGAGUAUGAGAGGGAAAGAGUCGUUCGUACGCGGCAUUGUGAAGGUGAUGAGUUUCCUGCUGUGCGCGGUUUUCAUACCUUGUUUGUUAAUGCGGCUGUCCAGGGGGUUGAAGAGGAUCCUGCAAAGUAUCCAUGGUUGGUUGAGCUUCAGCUUCCGCUGGCUGAAAGGGAUGGAAAUGCAUCUACAUGA